AUGCAAAUAUUGAUAUCUUCCAUCACUCGCGUACAAAGUAAAAUAAUGCUAUGGACUUCACGAACCACACAAGAUUUUAUUUUGAAAUGUUUCUUAGUGUGCAGAAAAUAUUGCUUUCUUCUGCUUCUUAUCGUUUUGAUUAUUCUCAAAAUGUUGAAAAUUUCGAUUUUUGACGAUCAACUGAUAUUAAACGACUUAGUUAGUAGACUUAACAUGUCUAACGUACUUAUGAAGUUAAAAAGUCCUUUCAAAUGUUAUAAUGAUGACGAAUCAGUCUUUUUGAAAGACUUUUAUCGACUAGACUGUGAGAAUCCAUUUUUGAAAAACAUCUCUUUACGAGAUUUGAACAAUUCAAUGGAUGUAUGUGAACUUUUCAAUGAGCCAUAUGAUAGCAACAAGGGUCUUACUCUCUAUUCAAGAAUUAAAAUGGAUUUUAAAAAUUUUCAGGAAAAUAUUACACACAGCGAUAUCAUGAAAAUGGAAGCUGCAUGUCCUGAAUGUCAUCAUAUUCAGAUAAUAGACGGUCAGUUAUUUAUUGUAAAUCGUCGAACUGCUGUUAAUUUUCAAUUCAGAUCAAGAAAAAUGAAAUCACUGCUAAAACAAGUUGUCGACACUUUCCAAUCGAUCAGAAACUUAGAAAUGUUCAUACAUGUUCAGGACGCUGUUAUGCUGAAUUCAUCGGAACUAAAUGAAAAGAAGCAUAAGGUACCAGUUUUUGGUUUCGCUUAA